CAAACCACCUAAAUAGAUUGAGAUAUAUAUAUAUACACACACACACAUAUAUAUAUAGUGCCUUGGGGUAAAGGAGAAGAGAACAUUAAUGGGUGCAUUUGAUUAUAUUUCCAGCUUUUGCUCCUAUACUUACACUGGCAAGAGAAAGCGUAAGCCAUUGCAGACGGUGGAGAUCAAGGUGAAGAUGGACUGUGAUGGCUGUGAGAGAAGAAUUAGAAAUAUAGUUCGUCGCAUGAAAGGGGUGAAAACCGUGGAGGUGAACCGGAAACAGAGCCGGUUGACGGUGAACGGACACGUGGACCCAAACAAGGUGCUGAAGAGGGUGAAGAGCACGGGGAAGAAGGCGGAGUUUUGGCCGUACAUCCCCCAGCACGUGGUAUAUUACCCUUUUGCCCCUGGAAUGUACGACAAACGCGCCCCCGCGGGUCACAUCAGAAACCCCGGGCAGGCGUUUCCAAACGCAAACGCGCCCGAGGAGAACUACGUUUCCCUCUUCAGCGACGACAACGUCCACGGUUGCUCCAUCAUGUAAUAAUAUCAUACGAGAAAGAAAGAGAGUGUACUUAAUUUUAUAUUACGUGAAUCGUUACGCUAGGAUUGAGAGGUGGACCGUUUUGGCCAACUAAUAGGGUUUUCAAAAAUAAACAAAUGGCAAGAAAGCAUAUAUUAUAUAAAAAAAAGCAUCCUUUCUGAUUU